AUGGCAGAGCAAUCGCGGGGCAAGAUCCCUAUUUUACUGCUCAAGACAAAAUCGGUUCCAAAGGAUACAUAUAAGGAGCUUUUUCUUACCCUCGACAACGGCCGCUAUGCACCAGUCUUUGUGCCGGUUCUAGAGCACAGGUUCAAGCGGGAUGCCCUGCUUAAGGUGCGCCAACAUGUCACCGACCGCGGCUUCGUGCCAAAGUCACAGCAGGGUCUUGCGACCUAUGGUGCACUUAUUUUCACCUCGCAGCGCGCAGUCGAAGCUUUUAGUGAGGUUGUCGAGGAAAUCCGCAAACAGGGGACCCUCGAUAUCGACCAUCUGCUUCCAGAGAGCCUGCCGCUGUACGUAGUAGGUCCAGCGACAGCCCGCGGGCUGCGAUCGCUGGGUCUCAAAUGCCCAGUCUUAGGUGACGACACUGGCAACGGUGAAGCUCUGGCGGGUUACAUCUUGAGGCACUACAAUGCCCUCCACUCAGGUGUUCCGAAUCCACCCAUACUGUUCAUGGUCGGCGACAAGAGGAGGGAUAUAAUACCGAAGACACUCCAGUCAGAAGAGCUGGAUCCGAAGGAGAGGGCGAAAGUAGAUGAGCUGGUCAUAUACGAGACUGGAGAGAUGCAGUCUUUCAAGGAGGACUUUUCGACCAUCUGGCGGAGAAAUGCUGAUGAAGGCUCGAAGCAACAAUGGGUUGUUGUAUUCUCUCCAAGUGGAUGUCAAGCCAUGCUCGAGAGCCUGGGUCUUUUGGACGCGGAGACUGGGAAAGCCAAAGUUACUGCUGAUCAGAGGGACAUCCUGAUAGCCACCAUCGGCCCGACUACACGCGAUUACCUGAAGCAGGAAUUUGGCUUCACUCCCGAUGUAUGUGCGGAGAGACCAAGUCCAGAGGGCAUUGCAGAGGGUAUCGAAUCCUUUCUCGAGAGACACGAAUAA